AUGAACAGAUCAAACGUAUUCCUCAAUGAUAUUCUGGCAACGACGGCGACUACAAUUCGGCCGAAACGUGAUUAUUAUGUAACUAAUCCAUUCGAUUCGUGGUAUGUAGGUGGACUUCUAUUCAUGUGCACAAUUAUGUUAGUGCUGCUUUAUGCAAACUAUUAUCGGGAAAACUCUUGUCAAGAAUGUUGGUUUUAUGUUUUAAAAAAGCUGGGUUUUACACAAACGCUACCAGCAGUUGACAGUCGUGCUUCGAUAAAUCAUAGAAAUAAUCCGCCGCUUCUUGUUUAA